AGUCACAACCUAACCCAACAUCUGGCAGCUUCGAUUUUAGGAGUCGGGGAAGGUUCCAUACUCGGGAGCCAACAAGAUGUUUUCCUACUAUUACUGUACUUAUAUCCUCUUUAUUUGUGUAGCCUCUUUACAAGUCAACCUAUCACUUGGAGAUGAGGAGCUUAUAACGGACAUUGAUGAGGCGAGGGCGUUUUUAUCCCGCUACGAAGAAAGUGCCAAAGUGGUAUACUAUGCCAGCUCUCUGGCUAGUUGGAAAUUCAACACAAAUAUCACCGAUUACAAUCAGCAAAAAGAUCUUGAAGCCAGUCUCGUGUCAGCCGCUUUCGGAAAAGAAGCUUACGACAAUGCCACCAGAUUCGACGAGACUGGUUUUCCAGAAGACAUCAAGAGACAGUUCCAGAAACUCAAAGACAUUGGAUCUGAUGCACUGGAGCCUAGCAAAGUUGAAGAGUACAACCAGGUCAUUAGCAAAAUGACCGACAACUAUGGCAAAGGUACGGUGUGUAGACCGAAUGAUGCAAGCGACUGUCUUCAAAUUGAGCCGGGUUUGGGUAAAAUCAUGGCUUCUUCCGAAGACUGGGAUGAGCUAUUGUGGGCCUGGCAAGGAUUCCGAGAUGAAGUCGGGAUACCAAACAAACCACUCUACAAAGAGUAUGUGGCACUGGCCAAUGAAGCUGCUCGUCUAAAUGGAUAUGCUGAUAUGGGCGAGUACUGGAGAUCCGAUUACGAGAGUGAAACCAUCAUUGCGCAGUCGUAUGAGCUUUAUAAUCAGAUCCUACCAUUAUACAAGCAGCUUCAUGCCUACGUCAGACGCAUCAUGAAUACCAAACACAGCGAUCACGUGGAUCUAACUGGACGUAUCCCAUCCAACCUACUCGGAGACAUGUGGGGUCGCUUCUGGGGCAAUAUCUACAAACAAGUUGUUCCUUAUCCAGACGCCCCAAAUAUUGACGUAACCGAUGCUAUGAUUGAAAAGGGGUUAACUCCCUUGGAGAUGUUCGAAAUGGGUGACGAUUUCUUCGCUUCCUGUGGCCUGAUACGAGUCAAUGAUGCCUUCUGGAAUAAUUCUAUGAUUGUUAAACCUACUGAUGGCAGGGAGGCUGUUUGUCACCCAACAGCCUGGGAUAUGGGCAACGGUGAAGAUUUUAGAAUUAAGAUGUGUACCGAGGUCAACAUGGAGUAUUUUCAAACCAUCCAUCAUGAGCUUGGCCACAUACAAUAUUACAUGCAAUAUAAAGAUAUCCCAUUGCUCUUCCACGGUGGUGCCAAUGGGGCCUUCCACGAGGCCGUAGGCGAAGUGAUGACACUGUCUAUUUCUACGCCUGCGCACUUGUCCCAUCCUGACGUCGCACUUCUUCCCCCAGGGACUGGUGCAGAUAAAGAGACUGAUAUCAACUUUCUACUGAAGACAGCGUUGAAUACAAUUGGUACCCUGCCCUUUAGCAUCGCUUUGGAUCAAUGGCGAUGGGAUGUAUUCGCUGGUAACAUCACUGAGGAUAAAUGGAUGGAAAGAUGGUGGCAACUAAAGCAUGAUCUUGUUGGUGUAAAGGCUCCAGUGACACGGACUGAGAAUGAUUUCGAUGCCGGUGCAAUGUACCACAUCGUCGUCGCUUACCCGUUCCUUGGGUAUUUCAUCCGUACGGUCAUCCAGUUCCAGUUUCAGAAAGCAUUGUGUGACGCAGCGGGACAUACGGGACCUUUACAUCGAUGUGACUUCUACAAGUCGCAGGAGGCAGGCCAGAAACUCGAAGCUAUGCUUAAGUUGGGAACGAGCAAGCCCUGGCCAGAUGCAAUGGAAGCCAUUACAGGUCAAAGGUUAAUGACAGCAGACGCCAUCAACGCCUACUUUGCGCCAUUGAAGACAUGGCUCGAAGAGACCAACGAGAAGAAUGGAGAGAAAAUUGGAUGGGAGACUCAGGAACCUGACGCUGGGGAUGGUGCUUAUUUACUACCUGGUGUAUCCAUGCUGUUGCUGGUCUUAUGUCUGAUAGCUACACGGUUACAAAUGUAAAGCGAAUGUGGGGCCAAUAGUUUGAUAAGGCUCUACACUUAUCACUUCUACUAAGGGUUGAUCCGGGUCCCGUGGGCCUGACACACUUCUGGAUCACGUGACUCCGAAAAUGGGUCAAAAUUGACCCAGAAUGGGUCAGGUCCCAUACGACCCGGGAUCCGGUCAAUUCUUAACAGGGAAUUCUAGAGUAUAUCUUACCAGAUACAGUUGCGGGAACAAAAUUGAGCCAGUGAUGCAAUCUUGUAACUUCAUUUAUUUUAAUCAUUUUAGUCAUUGUUGCUCCUCAUUUUAUCUACAUGCCAAUUAAAUCUUAAGAUGACUGUGUUUGAACUACAAUAAUGUACACGAAUUGGUUUUGACUUUGUUUUGGAAGCAUACCUCAUUUAUUUCCCCAAAUGAUGCUAGUUCAGUGUAUCAGUGUGCAUCUACCGUUAGUUUUAGCUUCAUGGCAAACACAGCUCCCCUACCAUUAGUUGAUUCCAAUAUCUGUUACAUGAUACUCGAGCCCGUAGAGGGCGUGCACAACAGCUCGCCCGUGUUUUAUUUCUAUGGUGUAAAACUAAUUUUGAAUAACACAGGACUCCUAUAUCCGACUAAGGCCACAAUACAAAAUAAGUCCAACUGUUAGUAGAUGAUCACAACAUAAUAAUUAAUAAAAAUUAGGAACUUUUAGUUUUAGAUUUGUCACAAUAGUAGUGUCACAACCCUAAAACGACUCAUGGUCACAUUGCUGCAUGCUGAGCAUAGUAUGCUUUUAGCUGUUCAGAUUUAAUACACUAAUCAAUAUUGCAAACUAAUUAUUAGACGGUCCGAUUAAAUGACUGAUGUAUUCAUUUAACACAUUUAAUCUUGGCUGUUAUUUAACAUGUAGUUUGCCUAUAGUAUAGCACAUUAUAGAGCCACCUAGUCGCCUAUUAGCUCCGUUGCGCAUUGAACUUUAAUAAAAA